CUUAACUCUCUCGGUCGUCUCGUCUUCGCUCGGGUCUCCUGACGUCUCACGUUCGCCUUCGCUCUCGGGUUCGUGAUGGCCUCCUCCGUCGCCGAGAAGCUCGCGGGGAUGCGCGUCGCCGACGGCGACGGGUGGGCCUCGGUGGCCCCUAAUCUGCGGAAGAACCUCGGCGUUCUCUCGUCAGAGGAGAUUGAGCUUGCAAAGAUGUUGUUGCACGAGGGACAAAAACACCUCUUUGAUCAUUGGCCGGAGCCAGGUGUUGAUGAUGGGAGGAAGAAAAGUUUCUUUGAUCAGGUUGCCCGGCUUAAUUCAAGCUAUCCUGGUGGUUUGGUGUCAUAUAUUCAAAAUGCGAAGAGGCUCUUAGCUGACUCUAAAGCUGGAAAAAAUCCAUACGAUGGCUUUACUCCUACGGUUCCAUCAGGGGAAGUACUAAAAUUCGGUGAUGAUAACUUCAUCAUGUUGGAAGAGGUUGGCGUUAGAGAAGCAAGAAAGGCUGCAUUUGUCCUUGUUGCAGGUGGGCUUGGGGAACGUCUUGGGUACAAGGGAAUAAAGUUGUCUCUACCUGUAGAAACCACUACUGGCAGAUGCUUCAUUCAACAUUAUAUAGAAUCCAUUCUAGCAUUGCAGGAGGCUAGUUCUAGACAAGCACAAGGUCAAUGUAAAGCUGAGAUUCCUUUGGUGAUAAUGACAUCUGAUGACACUCAUUCACCAACAGUAGAUCUACUGGAGUCUAAUAAUUACUUUGGAAUGAAAUCCACACAAGUGACACUUCUGAAGCAGGAAAAAGUAGCAUGCCUAGAUGAUAAUGAUGCAAGAUUAGCAUUUGAUCCUAAUGACAAAUACAAAAUACAGACAAAGCCUCAUGGUCAUGGCGAUGUGCAUGCACUACUUUAUUCUAGUGGUAUUCUGGAAAUAUGGAGGACGGCAGGCAAAAAAUGGGUUCUGUUCUUCCAAGAUACUAAUGGAUUACUCUUUAAGGCAAUUCCAGCUUCUCUUGGUGUUAGUGCUACAAAGGGAUACCAUGUUAAUUCUCUCGCUGUUCCUAGGAAGGCAAAAGAAGCUAUUGGAGGAAUAACAAAGCUUACUCACACUGAUGGGAGGAGUAUGGUUAUUAAUGUGGAAUAUAAUCAGCUGGACCCAUUACUUCGAGCAACUGGACAUCCUGAUGGAGAUGUGAAUUGUGAUACAGGAUUUUCUCCCUUUCCUGGAAACAUAAAUCAGCUGAUUUUGGAACUAGAGCCAUAUUUUGAGGAACUUAGCAAAACACAAGGCGCUAUUUCAGAAUUUGUUAAUCCAAAAUACAAGGAUUCCACAAAGACAUCCUUUAAAUCUUCAACUAGAUUGGAGUGCAUGAUGCAAGAUUAUCCAAAAACUUUAUCUCCAUCAGCAAGGGUUGGUUUCACAGUGAUGGAUACAUGGUUUGCUUAUUCCCCAGUGAAGAAUAACCCUGAAGAUGCUGCUAAGGUGCCAAAGGGAAAUCCAUAUCACAGUGCAACCAGUGGAGAGAUGGCUAUUUAUAGGGCUAACAGCCUCAUUCUCAAAAAGGCUGGAAUCCAGAUGUCCGAUCCUAUCACUGAUGUCUUCAAUGGACAAGAGGUGGAGGUGUGGCCUCGUAUAACAUGGAGCCCAAAAUGGGCAGUAACAUUUAGUGAUGUCAAAAGAAAAGUUGAAGCGGGAUGCUCUGUAUCACAAAUAUCUACCCUUGUCAUCAAUGGCCAAAAUGUAUUCCUUGAUUCCCUGUCCUUGGAUGGAACCCUCAUUGUAAAUGCCAUCGACGAAGCAGAGGUGAAAGUGACUGGUUCUGUUCAAAACAAAGGAUGGGUUCUUGAGCACAUUGAUUACAAAGAUACCUCCAUCCCCGAGAAAACUAGAAUAAGAGGCUUUAGAAUUCAGAAGAUUGAGCAGCUAGAGCUGAACUAUACUGAACCAGGAAAUUUCUGCUUCAAAUCAUGAACAAGGUUCUGACUUUGCCAGGCAUGACCAAAUAUUUAUGUAACAAAUAUUUAUUCAUUUGUUAGCUGGAAUAAUCGGCACAUUCUGUGUCCUCUUUUCCAUUUUUUAUUUUUGAAAAAUAAGUACAGAAGGUGAACUUUUCACUACAGAAAAUCUAAUACUGUGACCCACUGACCAGUGACAAUUAUGUUCAACUUAGUUGUUCUCCAUAUAUAAUCUUAAGUCUUGAU